AUGUCACACAACUGCGAAGAAGAACAUCAUCACGGAGGCCAUGGAGGCCAUGGACACGGUCAUGAUGAUCAUUCACACGUUGCUCCUAUUCCUACAAAUGAAUCACAAUCUCUAAGACAAUAUAUCGAUACUUCAAAAAUCACAGGUUUAAACUUAUCAAACCCAAAUAAUGAACUUCAUCAAGUUUUCAAAGAUCAAGAACAAAAAUAUGAUGUUUCCAAAUAUAUUGAAUCAGAUGCAGAUGCUCAACUUAUUUUAAACAUCCCAUUUACUGGAUAUGUCAAAAUUUUUUCAAUAAUUUUAAGAACAAGUGGUGAUUCAUCAAAUUGUCCUAAACAGAUCAAGAUAUUCAAAAAUAAAGAUAAUUUAGAUUUUGAUAAUGCUAAUGACUCAAAACCAACAUACAAAAUAGAACAACCAUUAAUAGGACAUCAUGAUAAUGACACUAAUACCUCAAAUAAUGAUGAAUUUAUUGAACAUUAUUUACCAAGAAAUUCAUUCCAAUCAACAACACAACUUUCUUUAUUUAUUGAAAAUAAUUGGGAUGAUGACGAGGACGAAUUAACUAAAGUUUAUUAUAUCGAGAUCAGAGGUCAAUUUACUUCUCCAUUGUCUAAAGAUCCUAUAAUUACAUUAUAUGAAUCUGCUGCAAAUCCAGCAGAUCAUAAAAAUUUAUUAGCUAAUGAAGUUGGAAAUCAUGCUUCAUUUCAAUAA